AUGAUACAAGCGUUGUGGAACAAAUUGACACCAGGUCCCGUUUCCGCUCUCAUUUUGCAGGAUUGUACGAAAAAUGGGACAACGAGUACGGGCACAUACAGUUGUCUGUUGCUCACGUUGCCUCUUCAGCGUCUCGUCAGUUCCUAUUUGGUCACAACCUACAUUCCCGAGGUUCUCAUCGUAAUGGUCUCUUGGCUUGGAUUUUGGAUUGAUGUACGAGCAGUUCCGGCCCGGAUCAGUCUGGGGUUGCUCACAUUAUUGGGUCUGUUAACCGAGCCCUACCCUCACGGCUACCACGAGAGGCCUAAUGAUCUCACGCUGUUUUUGUCGCGUAAAGAACAAUUGUUGGAACAGUUGAUGACAGUUUUCCUACCCGGACUAUCCAGGAUAAUCGCCGAUCAAGUGCAUGCACAGACAGCCGGCAUCGUGUACGCCGACUUUGUGUCUGCGUGA